CGAAGAGCAGGUUGGAGGGCACCCAAGACAGCCGUGCCCUUUGCGAAGCGGAGAAAGAAGCAGCCCAGGUAUUCGGAGGGCCUUGCACUGGGAAUUGUUCUUGACAAGCUAACAUGGCUGGAGUCUCCAAAGCUCCUGAACUGAGAGUCAUCGUUGUUGGGAAAACUGGAGGAGGAAAGAGCGCAACUGGAAACACCAUCCUCGGGGAGGAGAAAUUCGUCUCUGAUGUCUCACCUAACUCAGUGACAAGGAAAUGCGAAAAGAAAGAAGGUGACUUUCGAGGGAGGAAAAUUACUGUCGUGGACACCCCUGGCUAUUUUGAUCCUGAUCGUGGAAACAAGGAGACUUCCAGAAUCAUCCGAGAUUCCGUGGAAGUCCUCGAUCCGGGGUUUCAUGCCAUCGUUCUGGUCCUGAAGCUGGACCGUUUCACCCCGGAAGAAAAGGCAGUGGCUGACGAAGUCCAGAGGAUUCUCAAGGUGAAGGCGCGGGACUACACCAUCCUCCUCUUCACCCGGAAGGAAGACCUAAGGGGCAGGCCUCUGACCAGUUUCCUAGCCAAGGCCAACGAGGACCUCAAAGGGGUGGUUGCUUUCUGUGGAAACCGAUACCUGGCUUUCAACAAUCUUGCUACGGGAGCAGAAAGGGAGGCCCAGGUGGCCGAGCUGAUUGAGAUGAUUGACAAGAUGAGACAGGUCAACCCCAACGCUCCGUUGUACACCCGAGAAAUGUUUAAGGAGGACAGUCUGUUUGAUUGUUGCACCCUCCUGUAAGGAUGCGUCCUCCCUGCACCUGACCUGGCGACCAAGCAAAACCCCUUCCGAGCGGCUCUUUGGAGGCAACACUAGGUGGGCCACAGGAUUGACGACAAGCAAGCAAAACAAAAAGGGUCCUCAAAGUGACGCCUGCUUUGUGGGGACGGAGCUGUUUCCCCUCAUUGAAAGCACCCCUUGACAUUCUCCACUCAGGCCCCACAAGGCUCCCACAGCUCGGGGGAUGAGCUGCCCGAGGGCCAGGCUGGCUUCUCUUUGGUUUGGCAUGUUGCUGUUCCCUUCCCUUGCAUUCUGCCCCGAUUUUUCUGAUGCUGAUUCGUCUGUUGUUUCUUUUAGGCUUUCAUGAGUACAUGUCAUUUACACGCAAGUGAUGUAAAAGUAAUGUUUUAAAAAUGCAUCCUUUUCGGUGGGAAAAACGAGGUGUGGGAAAAGUGAUCUUAGUGGAACAGACCCAGCCAGCCUGCAAAAAAGGUCUCCUUCCUUUCUGCGACCCCGACCCGCAAAGCCAUGGUAUAAGAGCAGGCUGUGCAUUCUGUACCGGAGGAAGGUCAAGGCUGUAUAUGGCAGUAAGAGGCUGAGCUGGAAGCCCUGACUUUGAACCUAGUAGGUCGGAAGCUGAUAUUCCUCAGCCAUGCUCCUGCCAGCUAGUGUACGGGCUCAAUAAUGGUGGCCUGCCUGAUAGGGCUGUUGUAGGGCUUGCUGAAAUGUCGUACAUGGAGCACCUUGCAUGCUGUAGAUCUGGGGUCCUCAACCUUUUUGACCUCGCAGGCACCUUUGGAAUAAUGACUUGGGGUGAUGGGUGCAAACACAAAAUGGCUCCCACAGGAAGUGGAGCCAACCACAAAAUGGCUGCCACAAGAAGCAGAGCCAACCACAUAGGGUUGCCAGCUCCAGGUUGUGAAGUUCCUGGAGGUUUGGGGAUGAAGCCUAGAGAGGGUGGGGUUUGGGGAGGGGAGGGGCCUCAGCAGGGCAUAAUGCCUCCCAAACAGCUGGUUUCUCCAGGGGAACUGAAGAUCAGUUGUAAUUCUGGGAGACCUGGAGGAUGGCGACCCACAACCACAAAAUGUCAGGGAGUGAAGUCAUGCAGAAGUCUAACAGUAACUUUUCAACAUUUCAAGCAGGAACUCUUGCUUGACGGGAAGCCUUUUAAAGUCAGCACAUGGUUUAAAACUGUCCUCUUGCAUACGGACAGCUCACCUUCAGUCCGUGCUGUGGUGGCAGCUGCUGCCAAAGCAGUGUUGCUUUUUAAAUCAGAUCUCCCAUGGCCAAUCAGAAGCCUUGGCGGGCAAAAUCCCUCCUGGGUCCCCCCUUUUAUCCAAACACUCAGCAGACUCCAGGGAAGGUGUGCACAGGGGUGCCCUGUUGGCAACCCCCCCCCCCCAUUCUAAAGCUGUGCUGCGAGAGUGCUGUGUAGGCUUGCCAGUCUCCAGGGGGUGGCUGGAGAUCUACUGGAAUUGCAACUGACCUCCUGCUGGCAGAGAUCAGUUCCCCUGGAGAAAAUGGCUGCUUUGGAGGGUGAACUCUAUGGCAUUAUAUUCUGUAUUUCUUAGAUCUUGUAUGUAACCUUGGAUGUGUGUGUAAUUUCAGGCAUAUGCCACACAA